CAAGUAAGACAAUGAAGAUGAAGAAGGACAUUGUCCAAUUUCAUCAAUUCGAUGGAGAGACCUUCUAUGAAGCUUGGGAGAGAUUCAAAGAGAUGAUAAGGAAGUGUCCCAACCAUGGUUUGGAUCAAAACACCAUUAUUUGCUCAUUCUAUACCGGGUGUAGUGGUGAGAUGCAAAGAGACAUGAAUGCAUCGGCCAAUGGAGCAUUGUUGGAGAAGAGCCACGAGGAGGCCGCCCACAUCAUUGAAAAUUUAGCCGCAAAUAGCUACCAAUUUCCGGGGGAGAGGACUAUUUUGAAGAAGGUGGCGGCUACAACAAGCUCGGAUCCAAUAGCUCUUUUGACGGCUCAAUUGACCGCUAUGAAUAGCAAGAUUGAUGCUAUGUCAAUAUCAAGAGUAGAACCCGUGGUUGAAGAACAAACUAGCUUUGAGGAUGUGAACUACAUCAACAACAACAACAACCGAGGCUAUGGGAACUUCCGGCCCCAACAACAAGGUGGCUAUCAAGGACAAGGGCAAUACAAUCAAGGGUUUCAAGCAAAUCGUCACCCGAAUCUUUCCUAUGGUAAUCCCAAUAACUUCUUGCAACCACCGCCCGGAUUUGCGGUGAGUGAUGGCAUGAUCAAGGAAGAGAAGAAGCUCAACCUUGAAGAGAUCUUAAUGAAAUUCAUAACGGCCACUCAAGCCCACAUGACGAGAACCGAUGAAAGGUUAGAGGCUCAAGCAACCCAAUUGAAAAUGCUUGAGAUGAAAGUGGGACAAAUUGCCGAAUCCUUAAGCAACCAACAUCAAAAGGGGCAAUUUCCGAGUAACACCGUUGUGAAUCCAAAAGAACAUUGCAAGGCUAUCACUAUAAGAAGUGGGAAGAUACUUGAAGAGUCCAAGAUACCUCCGGAAGUCAAGAACAAUGAUGAGAACAUUUCCUCAAAAAUGCAAGGCGAUAAGGAGAAUGAGAAAGAUGUGUACAAGGCACCACCACCUUAUUGCCCACCAAUUCCAUUCCCUCAAAGACUUCAAAAGAAAAAUGUGGAGAGUGAGUUCUCUAAAUUCCUUGAGAUCUUUCGGAAGGUACACAUCAACAUCCCCCUUGUUGAAGCUUUGCAACAAAUGCCCAAGUAUGCAAAAUUUCUCAAGGAAGUUCUAUCCAAGAAGAAGAAAUUAGAAGAAUUUGAGACGGUCAACCUCACCGAAGAAUGUUGUGCCAUUCUUCAAAAGAAGCUACCCAUCAAGAUCAAGGAUCCCGGGAGCUUUACUAUCCCAUGUGAUGUUGGAAAUGGUCGUUUUGGAAAGGCCUUGUGUGAUUUGGGAGCAAGCAUAAAUUUGAUGCCUCUCUCCAUCUUCAACAAGCUUGAAAUAGGAACUAUUAAGCCAACCACGAUUGCUUUGCAAAUGGCGGACCGUUCCGUUUCAUAUCCAAAAGGGAUAGUGGAGGAUGUCUUGGUGAGGGUUGACAAAUUCAUUUUUCUGGUGGAUUUUGUGGUGUUGGAUAUGGUUGAGGACAAGGAUGUACCUUUGAUCCUUGGACGUCCAUUCUUGGCAACGGGGAGGGCCCUAAUUGAUGUUGCAAAGGGCAAGCUCACAUUGAGAGUGAAUGAUGAGAGUGUUACCUUCUCAAUCCACAAAGCUCCCAAGCACAAAGAUGGGGAAGAAAGAAUGAGAGUGGAGGAAUGCAAAUUGAUGCAAGUGAUUGAACCUUGCAUCAACAUGAAAGAAAAAUUGAAGGGAGAAAGGAAAGAGGAGGAAGCCCAAGGCUUGGAGUUGAAGCUUCUCCCCACACACUUGAAGUAUGCAUUCUUUGGUGAGAAUGAGAUACAUCCAAUGGGGCAAGACCGUGUACUCCAACUCAAAGAGUUAGAUGAGUAUCACGCAUUUGAGAAGUCAAGCCUCUACAAAGAGAGGACAACAAGUGCUAAUGACGAGAUGAUGCACAAACGGGAGUUUGCACCCGAUGAUGAAGUCCUUCUCCUCACCUUCCGUCAAUCACUACCUCCGGAAAAGCCAAGAUCAAAAUGGACGGGUCCUUUCAAAAUCAACAAGGUUUUCAACAAUGGAGCAAUUGAAUUGAGAAAGAAGGAUGAAAGAACCUUUGUGGUUGAGAAGGAAAGAAUCAAGGCAUUUUUGCCCUUGAAACCAAAAGUUGAAGUGUUCGUUGGAACCACCCCCGAGCCAUAACACCAUCAUGGAGACGUCUAGCUCAUGACGUUAAACUAAGCGCUAGUUGGGAGGCACCCCAACAAGGUACCCUUUAAUUUUUGUAUGGUUUAUUUUUUUUUAUAUGUUAGUUUUUUUUGUGAGUCCGAGACAACUUCUCCUUCUCUUUUCUUCCAAACUCAUUUUCACUUUGUGUGAAAUAAGUUUGGGGGGAGGGGAGAGAUGGAUUAGUUGUCUCAUCUAUCUUAAGCUUUACUUGUUUUUGUUUGUUUUAGUAUUGUUGUCUUGUUUUUGUUAUUGUUGAAUAAAUGAAAGCUUGAGAGUUAGUUGGGUUGAUAUUUUUGUUUUUGUUUUGCUUGGGAUAAUUGUAUCAAACUUUGUGAUGUUGAUUGAAUGUCAUUGGGCUUAUGAUAUGAAUCGUUUCUUGGAAAAAUUGUGUGUAUCACUUGUGGAUUAUGCAUGAAAAGUUUGAACUUGUGACAAGUGAGCUAAAUGUUAUACCUCCAAGAACUUGAAAAAGAAAAUGAGCUUGUGAGAAUUGAGCAUUUGAUUGUCAUACAUUUACAAUCU